CGGCAUAGAAAAGGGCGAAGAUGAGCGUCAAAGGGCUUGUCGGUCUCAUACAAAGAGGUAGAAAAGGUUUUCUCCAGCUGCCUUUAGGUUCAUCUCGGCUGCAACCAUUGUAUCUUCUGUGGUGUCAGAAGUCAACAUCUGUUGCACAGCACGACUCAGCUGAUUCUUCAUCUGUUCCUGAGAACUUUAGGGAACCUAAACCAUCAAUAGAUGAUUUGUAUUCCUCUGAGCAGAAGUCUGCUGUUCUACAGCAACUCAAUUUGGCAACUGUUGAAGAACUUUCUGCUAUGAAACUCUUGCGAGGAAGAAAGUCCAUUAAUGUAAUAGAGUACAGAAAUAAGCAUGGGCCAUUUCAGGAUUUACAGAGUUUACUGGGAGUACCUCUUUUUCAAUAUAAAACCGCUGUUAAAGUGUGUGACUUUAUUCUUAACCCCCUUGCAAAAGAAGAAAGGAAGGAGAGGAAAACUGUAUCCAUAACGAAAUUUAUCAAGCCAGAAAUAGAAAGUGAGAAAUUGAAGAGUGCCAACAGCAUUGUGUCUGUUGUUUUUGGCACACGCAGAAUUGCAUGGGCUCAUGUUAACAGACAUUUAACUAUUCAUGACUGGCAACAGCACGACUGCACAAUGUUUAUGAAAGGAACCUACAUGCCGUCGGUUUAUCUGGAAGAGAUUUCUUCUGUAGUAUCCAGACUUCCUGAAGCAGAUUUUUAUGUUUUGGAAAAAAAUGGACUUUCUGUUUUGAAUGCAAAUCUGUUUCCAGUGAUGUUGCAUCUUCGUACAGUAGAAGCUAUGCUGUAUGCAUUGUUACAUAAAGCAUUUGCAGAAGAGGGCCAGCAUAAAGUACUAAGUAUGGCUCGAAUUUUUUUAGGGAAACACUUUGGGUUGAUGGUGGGAGAAUCACGGACUAGUGGAAUAGAUCUUGUAAAACAGCUUCUCUUAGAAUCUGUUACACUUGCUGAGCCUCGUGUGAAUUUUCCAAGAGAGACAGUGGUGAGUUACCAAAACCUGUUGUCUGCAAACAAGCCAAGGCGAGAUGAGGAACUGUGUGAUUCAUUGCUACAAGCAGUAGCUUUUUAUGAGAUUUUAACAAUGAACAACAACACUUAAAUCUUUCUAGAUUUCCUUGACCACCUUCUCUUGUUUGGUUUAUGGCAUCUACGGUAAUUUGGCAAUGUUAAUUAAAUUUUUAUACAUUGAGUCUAUACUAUAGCCCAAGAAGCAUAUACCUUCAGCAGUGGCGAAGCCAUGAUCGUAACAGGGGGAAAAAGCUAUUAAGAGCUAAUAUAAAAUUUACAAAUAUAAAAAUCUAGUCACACUGUACAGCUCUAUGGUUCUAUGAAAAAUCAAAACAAGGUUUGCCACUGUGGGUAGUAUUACAGUUGUAUGUAAAUUUAUUUAGAAGUGGUAUGUUUGAGCCCACAAGGUUAAAAAAAAAUUCAUAGAUCAUAUUUAAGGUAGUAACAUUGCUACUGAAUUAUGUAAAAUGGAUACUAUUGUUUGUCAGUUGCCUGAAUGCAAAUUUAAGAGUAUAUUAUGGUUUACUUUAAGCAGGAUGGCUGGGUUACAUUUUUAUCCCUCUGUUGCUGCAGAGAGCUGGUGUUUGUAUGAGGGGUUCUCUUGUCUGUUAUCUCUAACAACCUUGCAAAAUAGGCUAGGCUGAGACUGAGCUUCACAAGUGAGUGGAGAUUUGAAUAGUCAUAACUCCGUCCCACAUGAGAAGAGUGCAUAGAGUCUUAUGGUGCCUUGUUUAACUUCUAGUUCGUUAUGUUCAGAGUGGGCUUCAGUAUUCAUUAACACCAUGUGUAUACACAGCCUUAUUCCCCAGAAAUACACAAAUAUUUUGAGACUCUGUUGAGUACUGAAAGUUAACUGUACAACUUAUUAAGUACCAUUGCUAACAUGUAUAGGCGAGAGGCCUCAUGUAAUGAUCAUAUCCUACCAUACCUAACAACUCAUUGUGCUAGUUGGUACCAAUAUUUCUAGAGAUGUGAAGGCCCAGAAACCUUUUCCCUGAAGUCCCUUUUACAAUUUUUCCAUUGGAAAAUGUUUGGGAAAUAAAGCUCCUACAAAGUAUUUUCUCUUAGGAUGAGUGAAACGCUUUUAAAGACAAGGUGGGCAUGCUGUAGCCAUAUACAGCUCUUAAAUCCAAGAUGUGUUUCUGCACCUAGGACACCUAAUCUUCAUGAGGGGAGCAUGUAGGGCUUUCAUUGCAUCUCAGGUGUUGCAUGCCUUCUGUUGACCUUUCGACCUGACUUUUUUGUGGUUGAUUUUUUUAAUCUCAACAUUAAACCACUGUGACAGACAUUUACAGAAUGGGUAACAAAGUUUAUUGCCCUCCCGUGCUGGAUGGGAUGGGAACUGAGCUCUAACACAGGGGUAUCGAACUCAUUUGUUACAAGGGCUGGAUCUGACAUAAGUGUCACUUUCUUGGGCCAGGCCAUGCGUGCCAUGAAAUGUAACAUAAGGUACCUGAGAUAUAAAAUUUAUAAAGAUGAUUUUAGAUGCUGAAUGGCAAGAGCAGGUGUUACUGGAUUAGGUGUGAUAUGCAGAGGUGUGGGCAUACCACCAUUGGUGAU